AUGAAGAACGUAUUCGACGACAAUGGUUAUUACCUAACCGGUGACUUCAUCCGACGCGCACACGACGACAGUCUCUUCAUCCUUGGCCGUGCUUCGCAAGAUGUGGUGCGCUUCACUGGCUGGAAGGUCUUUACUUUGGACGUUGAAGAAGCCCUCCUGAAGAUCCCUCACAUCUCCGCCGCCGUGGUCCUUGGUGUCGACGAUGACCAAGUGGACCAACGGGUUUCUGCCCUUGUUGUCACAGAACCUCAGCAUGAGCAGACAGUGCCAGAACAAGUGUCCCUUGCUACCCUGCGACGGACUCUUGCUCUCGAGCACCAAUUAUCGGUAUACAAGCUGCCAACGCUUCUGCGAGUCUUAGCCCCAGGGGAGGAAAUCCCGCGAACAAGCAGCGGCAAAAUAAGCAAACCAGCGGCUCGGGAAAAGUUCUUCGCUAAGAAUGAUAUCGAGUCUGAGAAAGUGGAAGUGUGGGACUUGGGUAGGAAAGACGAAGGUCUACCGACAAGAGCGUGGGAUUGGGCUGGAAUUGGAGCACGCUAA